AUGAGGCUCUCCAUCCUCACCAGCGUGCUCUGCAUCCUGCUUCUCUGCUUCUCUAUCUUCUUGGCAGAAGGUAGGAGGCAUCAUGCCAAGCCCCGGAGAGGCAGGCCCUGUUGCCCCAGAGGUACUGGCCUGGUCCUGAGAGGUCACCACGUGAGGCCCUGCCGACCCUGCAAGCUCAGGACAGGGCUCCCCAACUGGGUGGUGCCAGGGGCCCUCCCACAGGUGUAG